GCGGCAAUGUCGAGUGUCGAGUCCGUGUCGCAUCCAUCUCCCUGCCGUCUCACGUGAUGCAUUGCAUGGACCCUCCCCCCUUCCCCAGAACACGACGAAAAACAUGCAAAAAUGCGAUGUGAUGUGUGGGUGUGUUGACAUUUGUGAAAACGUGGAACUGCGAUCUGUCUGUCUGUCACUCUGUCUGCUUCGCCCUCUCGACGCGGCCUAUCCACAUUGACAAAAGUGUCGGUCGGUUGGCCGACCGACCAGUCAGCCGCCCGAUAACGCAAGCAAUCGAGCAAACACUUGCACGCACCGGGCUCACGCACAAGCAAGCGGGAUAAAUAGCAUAGCAGCCAUCCACGCAAUCCACAUCUGACCGACAGCCAUCCAGCCAGUGUUCUAAUUACGCAGAGAGAGACGAAGCCGGGGAGGGCGAGGAGGGGGAGAGGGGAAGGGCUGGCUAGCUGCGGCCUCAGUGAGGUCAUGAGGUGACCAGCAGGUAAACGAUGGGUGCGAAGAUGGUGGCCGCAGCCCCGAGGUAGGCCGCAGUGAAGUACUUGCGAAAAUUCCUCUGCACAAACAGCAGUGCCAGAUACUCCACAACUGCAGAUUGCACCACACACACAGGAAUGGAGCGAGCGGGUGUCAGUCAGGCGGCUGGGUGUUUGAGUGUCCUGACUGACGUACGCACCGCCGAUGAAGGGGGCGACUUGCAGGAAGGGCUCCAACGCAAUCGAACUCAAUGGGUCGAGUUUCCUCUUCAACUGCACACAACACACAGACACACACACACACACCCCGAGUCACCUGCUGUUGGGCCUUCCUGUGUGUGUGUGUGUGUGUUGUCACAUACAUCGUCGUAUAGGAAUGGGACCUCGCCGGCCCACAAUGCCUUGGAUGACGACAGCACCUCGCGCUUCUUGGUCAACAAACUCCUCACCACCUCCUGCAAACCACCCACACAGAACACACCACGUUGCCCAUAUGUCUGCACGCCAAUGCAUGAUGCCAGUGAAUGCAUUUGUGUGUGCGCUCCCUGUGCUGACCUCCUUGAGUGGUGUGCCCUCCAGCGUGUCAGCUGUCGGGAUCAGCUCGUCCAGCGUCUUCAGGGAGCUCUGAAGCGACUCGGACGAGUCAGCCGUCUGCACACACAUCACACCGCAACAAACACCAUGCACCCUUCCCGUGCUGCCAGGCUGCUCAUCAGCUGAUCCACGACGCACCUUGAAGGUCUGCAGAGCAGCCGCGAGCUGCCCCUCGUCGAAGAUCAGGUAGUCCGCACUCGCCAGCAGAGGGAGAGCGAACAGCGCCACCAGAGCACCAGCCAGCUGCAGUCCCCAGCUCUUGGACUCCUCCACUGCUGCACUAGAGGGACCCACACACGUGAAGAACGGCCUCCUAGACGCUGAACCGCGCUGCUGCUGCAAGGGAUCAGGAUCGGCACUCAGAUGUGGCGAUGCCGAAGGCGGCGGCAAUCCGGUCUGUGGAGAUGGUGAUCUGUGCGAUGAUGAUGAGUGGAGGGUGGACAGGGAGGCAGGCGUGAAGGCCAGUGCAUGAGGCAGAAACGCACACACGGCGAUGAGCGGUGUCGUGAGGCGCCUCCUGUCGCGAGAUCUUGGUCGAUGUGGGGAAGUUGAGGGCGCGUCAGACUCUCGCGUCCACGCCAUAACACGCUCCGCCUUCAUCUUCGCUUCAAAG